CUGAAAGGGCAGCUUGGCAGGGAGAGCUAAACUGCGGAGCCUCUGCAGAUUUGGCUUCGCACCUCUCCGGGUGGCCAAGGCUGUCGAAGAAUGGCUACAACGGGUGAUUAUGACCAUCUCGUGAAGUUGCUACUGCUUGGUGACUCUGCCGUUGGCAAGUCAUCGCUGCUGCUGCGAUUCUGCGAAAGUAAGUUUGAUGCCAACUUCGUACUGACCAUAGGCGUAGACUUCAAGUGGAAGCAAGUGGAACGCAAUCAACGAAAGCUGAAGAUUCAGGUUUGGGACACCGCUGGACAGGAGCGAUUCCGCACUAUUACACCAGCUUACUACAGAGCGGCAAUGGGUGUUGUGAUUUGCUACGACAUCACGGACAAGGCCACUUUCGAGCACAUCGACUACUGGUUACAGCAGCUGGACCAGCAUGGCGAUGAAGGUGUACAAAGGGUACUGGUUGGCAACAAAGCCGACUUGAACGAAAAUCGCAAGGUUACCAAAGAAGAAGGAGAGAAGUUGGCAGCACAAUACAACAUGAAGUUUUUUGAGACUUCGGCAAAGACAGGGCAGGAUGUCGAGGAGGCCUUUCUUUCCAUUUCCGACGAUGUCGUGAAACAAAGAUAUUCAGACGUCCAACCCAAUGCCUUCCAAGUCAAGAAGCAGGCAAAAAAAUCAAGCAGCUGCAAGUGCUAACAUCUCCUGCACGAACUGCACCAAGAGACGCGACGCUGCAGAAGUUUUCCGCUGCAACAAGGGGCGGCUGCAAAUCUGAUGGGGAAUCCAUCUAUGGUGCCGUGAGAUCUUCCAGUUGUGCUUC